GAAACAUCAUCAUCAUCAUCAUCAUCAUCAUCAUCCCUCUCCGGUUCAACUCAAUCCAUCCCUCCCUCACCUGGGAGAAAAAUAAAGACCACGAUAAUAAUACACACCCCCACACACACAAUUCUUCCCAUCAUUCAUCUUUCAUGGAGUAUUUAACUUUCUCUCCCUCUCUCAACCUUCUUCUCCUCCAAGUCCCAAAUUUUACGUUGACCCUUUGAUCCGAGUGAUACACACCUUGUGCUGAUCAUAUAAAAUCGCAGAUAAUAUUUGGCGGAAUUCCCAAACAAACGCGCUAGAUGUCUUCUUUCUUUUGAGACUCAUCGCAGGCAUGGGUUUUGAGGAAUCUCGGGGGUCUCUGUUUAAAAUGUUUGAAGCUGCAGUUGAUAAAUUCUAUCAACUCUUACUAGUAUGAGGUAGCAGAAAUUAGAAGGUCCAGUUGUUGCGUCCUGGUGGAAUUCUUAGAAGCGAUUCUUGAGGUUAUAAUUGAGAUUUUGAAAGCUGAUUCUGAUUAUCAGUUCCCAUGGAUGCCGCCGCGGGGGGGACCCCAAGUGUUCAAUAUUGUAACAUUUCCGAGCAGCCGAUUGCUUCUCUUGUCACCUCCCACGCCCCACCAUUUCCAAAGAAACAAAGGCACUGUUUCGGAAGCACUUGUCCCGGGGAGUUCCCAUUGUCUGCAAAUCCCUCCAUUGUCCUUCAUGUCCUCACCGGGUGUAACCUGGACCCACAAGACCUCGCGGCACUAGAGGCAAGUUCUUUCUUUUCCAUUCAUUGCAAUCCAAGGCUCGCCAUACUUGUCUUUUGGAAUUGAUAUUUCUGCUGAUUUGAGUUUAUUAUGAUGUGGGUUUCGCAGGCCACUUGCUCUUUCUUCAGGCAACCCGCGCAUUUCCCCCCUGAUUUUGAGCUCUCUUUGGCUGAGCUGGCAGCUCUAGACAUGUGCCAUAAGAGAGCUAUAUUUAAACCCAUGACAGAAGAGGAGAGGGGAGAGUUAAAGCGAAGGUGUGGGGGAUCUUGGAAACUUGUCCUAAGAUAUUUGCUGGCUGGGGAGACAUGUUCACGGCGAGAGUCUUCACAAGCAGUAGCGGGUCCCGGCCAUAGUAUUGCCGUGACUUCCAAAGGAGCUGUGUAUGCGUUCGGCUCUAAUAGCUCUGGACAGCUUGGACGCGGAACAACCGAGGAAGAGUGCAGGCCCCACAUCAUUAGAUCUCUGCAAGGGGUACGCAUCAUUCAAGCAGCAGUGGGAUCGGGGCGGACGAUGCUAAUAAGUGAUGCCGGGAGGGUUUAUGCUUUUGGGAAGGACCUGUUUGGCGAAUCUGAUUACGGUGUUGGAGGGAAUAAAACAGUGGCUACCCCACAGUUGGUAGAGUCUUUGAAAGGCAUCUUUGUUGUACAAGCCGCGAUCGGAAACUUCUUCACGGCUGUGUUGUCUAGGGAAGGGCAGGUUUACACAUUUUGUUGGGGGAAGGAAAGUAGACUCGGUCACCAAACGGAGGCUACUGAUUUGGAGCCUCGCCCGUUGCUUGGGGCACUUGAAAAUGUACCGGUGGUGCAGAUUGCAGCAGGAUAUUGCUACCUCCUUGCUUUGGCUUGUCAACCUAGUGGUGCCAUGUCUGUAUACUCUGUUGGUUGUGGUUUGGGUGGAAAGCUUGGUCACGGCACGCGGUCAGAUGAAAAGGUCCCAAGGUUGAUUGAAAAGUUCCAAACUUUGAAUCUUCAACCGGUUGUAGUUGCAGCCGGGGCAUGGCAUGCAGCUGUGGUGGGGAGAGAUGGGAGGGUGUGCACUUGGGGUUGGGGCCGUUACGGGUGUUUGGGUCAUGGGAAUGAGGACUGUGAAACGGCUCCUAAGGUUGUGGAAGCCCUCAGUCACAUUAAAGCGGUCCAUGUUGCCACGGGGGACUACACUACAUUUGUGGUUUCUGAUGAUGGGAGUGUCUAUUCGUUUGGUUGUGGAGAAUCGUCUAGUCUUGGACACAAUGCCGUUGCAGCCGAGGGGCAGGAAAAUAGACACUCAAACAUCUUAAGCCCAGAGCUAGUGACAUCACUGAAACAGGUGAAGGAGAGGGUUGUACAGAUAAGUCUGACCAAUUCCAUAUAUUGGAAUGCCCACACAUUUGCCCUAACUGAAUCGGGCAAGCUUUACGCCUUUGGGGCAGGCGAUAAAGGGCAGCUCGGGGUUGCCCUCCCUUCAGACCAAACUGAAAGGGCAAAUCCCGAACGUGUCCAAAUUGAUCUCAGUUAGCCAUUGGAAUCUUUUCUCAUUAUAUUGUUUUUAGUUUGUGCAGUUUGUCUCUCUGUAAAUUUCUCAUGUCUAUCUUGUAAAUAUUCAAACAAAACAAAAAAAAACAGGAUAUUUAUUGUGAAUAAGCUAGGUUUUAAGAUUUGGAAAUUAACCUUUGAAAAAAAAGGUUUGGUUAUUUCAUCCAACAGCAGUAAAAUGUUUGAUACAUA